GACUUAUUCCCCGCAAUACAGUUGGCAUUGAGCCAGUGAAGUAUGGCAAGGGUGUCGCCUUAAAUCUGACCCGCGGCGUGAAGAAAAACCCACGCCGCGCUAUUGCCACAAUCCGCAGAACCCUGAGAUACAAUUACCGCCAGGAUUUGAUCAAUGCGGUCGUUAGACGGACGUGUGUCAAAAGCUUGUAG